AUGAUAGACAAACGAUGUAGGGAGGAAAGACUAAUGUCGGACGGAAUCAUGUCUACCAUCAGUGUGCCUUCCGACUUUAAAUACCACGUGGAUAACGACCCUUGUAGGAGCGAGGAUUUGUCUGUCCCGGGAAGACGGCCGAGCGUUCCGGUUGGGAUAUAUCCUAGCCUUCCACCAAAUGCUGCCAGAGAAUGUCAUGCAGAGAUUCACGGUGAAACGCUUGUACUUGAGAAACAUUCCGAAGUAAGCUCGGUCAUGCAGGACGGCAUCGCUGGAUCGGGCAAUGCCGUGGUUGGUUGGCGUCUAGCCAGCGAAGAAUCGCCUGAUGUAGGUGAGACAUAUUCCAAACUAUGGACGCCACUGUACCCUUUAGCCUUCGCUUUCCGAGAGUACGCCUGGAGAGACGCUGUCACCGACAUGGGGGAAACCUUCCACGGCGACGACAAGGAUCACGAAAGCAGCGAGGAAGAAUUAAGCGUGUUGGGGGGAGGGAAAGACGACAGCAUUGAGACCACUGAGGGUAGAAUACAGCACGAAAUACAGGGCGAGGAGGCUAUAGGGAAUGGGCUUGAACAUCCUGACGUGCGGGAUAAGUCUAUGGCUGACAAGCGGCAGUACAGCGACACGCCGUUCUUUCGCCCUAUCCAAGCAGAGGACGCCUCCAUGUCGUCUGAUCUAGAUUACUACUCGUGUAUCGAUUCCGACGAUUCCCUUCAAGUUGUCCGCAGACCGUCCACGGUUCACGUCCAGGUACUAGAACGCCCCAGCGCGAUAACUAUAUCAAAAAGUGAGGACGUCCUGGCGGAAAAUUCACCUCCGCUUGAUGAGGAGCACAACGGAGGCUUGACUUACAGGAGUCAGGGUGCGUCCCUAGGUCAAUCCGGCAGCAGUUCGGAGCUGCGGACGCCCAGUAGGCAAUCCUCAGACGGUACAAGAAGAAGCCCAUUAGUUCGACAGAUGGCUAUUUCCAAACCAAGCUUUGACGAUGACGAAGACACUACCAGUACAUCUACACCAAUCAAAAAGAAGCCACCACAUCAAUAUGAGUCAGACGAGAGUACAGAAUCAAGACAAAAUAUAUUUAUUCACCCUGCACUUGUACAUAAAACACCAGAUGACACUGCCACUUCACAGAAAGAGACAAUGGACGUCGAGUUAAAGAACUCGGUGGCCAAGAGACAGAACCUAACACUACCAAUACAUCCCUAUGCAAGUGAUGCUUUAAAUAGCAAGCGCCAUUCAAAGGACAUGAGCCCCUCAGAUGCCAGUGACAUUGCCUUCACUACACCUUCGUCGGAAUCCAUGUAUUCAACUUGGCCUACAAGAAAAAGCAGCACGGAUUUGUCGAGGCAAAAGAGCAGCUCAAACGUAUCUUAUCAAGAUAUCGACAACUAUUCCAGCAUUGUCAGUACUGACGAUAACUCCCCUUCUAACUAUGCCCUGCACCGUUUCUCGUUAUCUGAACGGCCUCAGCUGGAACAACGUAACACUCAACCAACUGAUGUUUCAGAUUCUAAUUCUGAUACUUGCGUGCUGAACAUCGUAUGUCGGCCAGGUAGAAAGACUGCCGACCUAACUCCGGACUCACCGAGCAUGACUUACCCCUGGAGUGAUAAUAAGACCGGUCCUAUUUACAAACUCCGUGUUAACGAGGCAGGAGUUGAUGAGAACUGUGCAGGUGGUACUAAAACUGGAACAACAGUUUCAGAGCUGAUAGCGAGACGGGGCCCAUCGGUCACACCGGAGGCUAAUGAACUGGUGAUUCCUUCGGAUGAAGAAUGUGGACGGACGUACGAUAAUCAUCAGCAAGGGGCUGGGCAGGGCAAUGUUCCCCUUGAACCGGAUCAAAGCGUGAUUACAUCUGAGCUAGCAGCUAUCUCUCCGGGUCACAAAAUCAGAACCCCGAUCCAAGGAACCAAAGCUGGCGGUUCACAGAUGUCUGUUUCAAGUACGUACACUCGGCAUGGCUCGGAAAGACAUAGAGAUAUGUAUAGUCGCCGGUUUAGCACUGGCAGACAAGAAGUAAAAAUGAUAGAAAAUGAGGGGGUCCCGACGCGAGCUCACACAGAAAAACACAGAAACAGUGAGUCAUUUUUGCAUAGCCAACAUCUUUCCAAGGCCUCUUUCCGUAAGACUUCAGACAGUAGUCAAGAGUAUAAAUAUCCCGAGCUACGGUUGCAGGAUUCUGAUGAGACUGAUAGCAGUGUUCUUAAACAAAACGUGCCCAGAAAGAGAGGUGACGAGUCUCCUGAUAACAUCAACGCCGUAAAAGAUCGUGAAAUCAGCGAUAAAGAUGGUUCAAUUCUGCCCACGUCGUUUAGACGACCAUCAAGAGACUCGCUUUGCAGUGUAGAAAGCACUGGCCACCAACAAGAAGGACGAUACAGGGGAGUCGCCCGAGUUGAUGACGGGUGCAAGGACGUGAUCACACCCGGGCAUCAGAUGGUUAAAACACCAGCAGGAUUUACUGGCGAGCUUUCCCCGACCAGUAUAGAUCUAGAUAACUGCAAAGGUUCCCCAGAAGAGCUGGCUAAAGUACACAAAUGCAGUGAACGCUGCCGUACGCGUCAUAGAUCAUGUGUCCUGGAGUCUGGAUGUUGUACCACGGGUGAUCAGGAUAACCAGGAUUUUGAAACGUACACAGCCGCCGAUGAACGUUCAGGACGCCCACGAGGUCGCACUAGCAUCGACAAACGAGACAGUGGCUACCAGGAAACGAGUACUACAGAUUCUAGUUUUCAGGUGAUCUCCAAGACUGCAUCAUCGAAGAUGAAGGAACCUCAGGCAGCUCAUGCUCAGCCGUUGAUACACGGUAACGGUCUGGGGCGGGGUGAGGAGAGGAGUCGAUCGCGAAAUAACGGUAACGUGCAGUACGACUCCGAACACCGAACGUUACCUUUCACUCUUAUCGACGACGUUUUGGAACUCACUGAUUCAGAGACGGAGACUUCUAGACCGUCAUCCCGAAAGCGACAGAGCAUUUCUGAAACAGAUGUAUGACCAAAUGAGGUCCGCAAACCUUGUCAUAUUUAUACAUCACACUUCUGUCAUUUCCCUAUCCAUUCUUUCAUUCCUUAAUCUGUGUGCGUGAAACAAUCCGGCGUGGACCAACAUUCUCGCAAAGAAGGCCGUAUACUUGCUCAAGGGAUAGAACGGAAAUAACUUAACCAUGCUGAACUCAAUACGACCGGAGAUGCACGCACGGCGUGUUAUACAUUGCCGUCACUAUUCCGAUGACUAGGUAUAUUAAGAUGUACGUUGAUUACUUGUUGCAGAAAAGGUCAAGGUGGCACUACCCCAUAACUUGUGAAGCUAAGCGCAAUUACCGAACGCUACCAGACCGAAUAAUUUGUUUUCAUACAUGGAAACUUUAAAUCACUAUGCAGGACUCAUUCUACGGAUACCCACCACAGCUUAACAGUCUUCUAAUGGAAUGCGUAUUAUGUGUGUAAAAUCCAAGUGUGUUUUGUCAACUAAGGCACGGUAUAUAGAUAUAGAUAAUCUUCAUUUGUAAUUAUACAUGUACGUGAAAGGACGGGAAGAAGAUAUUCUUCGACUUUUUCUGCAAUUUACUGGUUUUGUCUCUC